GCCGGUGAAGAAGCAACCUGCACGGAAGAGACCUGGUACCAAGGAACCAGGCUUCGAUGACGUUGGCCGGCGGUAUUCGGAUAUUUCGACUUUUUGGGACUCCGUCGAAGAGCACUGGUACGGAAAGGUGGCCACAUACUGGUCCAAGGAGGAGCCGAGCAACGAUGGUGUCCUCGGUGGUCUCUCGGAGACGCAUGAGCCUGAUUUGGCAACCUCCCGACGCUUCCUCGAGGCACUCCGCCGACUGCCGGCGCCCCCUGCUUUCGACCACGUCGUCGACUGUGGAGCAGGAGUUGGGCGGGUGUCAGAGGCACUGCUUCUGGGCAGCUUUGAAAACCUCGAUUUGGUUGAGCCCUGCAAGCCUUUGCUUGCAGAAGCGAUGAAACGCCUAAAGGGCCGACAGAACGUUCGCUUCCUGAGCCAGCCGCUGCAAGACUGGGAUCCCCCGCCUGGACGCUACAGUGUGAUUUGGCUGCAGUGGGUACUUCUUCAUCUCACGGACAAAGACUUCGUGGGCCUUUUGACAAGGUGCCGAGAUUGCCUCCGACCCGAGGGAGUCAUCUGCGUCAAAGACAACCUGGCUCCGAGAAGUGGCUGG